AAAAAAUAUUCUGUGCCCGAGGAGCCAUGCUUGAAAGAGUCUCUUUCUGUCAGUGCAAUGUGUCAAGUUUCGUGGAUGAUUUUAUGGUGACUUUCCAACCCUUAAAGGACAUCCAUUAUUAUACUAUGGAUUUCUUUCGAGGCAUACUGGAGUAGAGAAGCUAUAGGAAAAAUUCCGCUUACAAAACUCCGCUGCCAGGGACAAAACAGGAGAACUUGACCAGAGCUCCAGAGCUAAUUCAUUACGAAACCUCAAUUUUGAACUAUUGGAGGGAACGUAACAGGUAGCGUGUUACCUACAUCUCCGUUUUCACAUCAUACAUUCGGUGAAUAUUGUUCGAUGAAUCGUCUCGUAGGUUUUCUGUCAAGGCAUCAUUCAAACGGUGGAACUGAAUAAUUCGAUUCUGAAUGGAUCAGCCAGAAGCAAAACACACGUCCAUAGCACAACUCAUCACUCCAAAAGACGAAAUUUCAAGGGCUGUGUCGAGUAUGAAAUGUAUGGAGUAUCCGCUGGACAACAAACCCAAGGUUAGUCACACGGUAUUCAUAAAUUGUGAAAUAACAAAAUCGGACCCAGAAUCAGGAUUCGACAAGGAAUUCACCAUUCUUGCAUCCCAUCCUGUGAAAAUUGAGAAAGAUCCUUUGUGUCAAGGAUCUCCUUCACCAGAUCAACCAGAGAUUUGCUCCUACUCGUUCGAUGCUCCAGCCGGUUUUGCCACAGAACUUAAAUCCAAGGUAGACAAUGAGGAGGAAAACUUGACCAAUCAGUUACACACUAAUUUUGAAAUCAAGGAUGAAAUCUCUCCGCAUCCAGAUGAAUCAGAAGUCACAUUUACACAAAUGAAUGAGGAGAUCCUAUCAAAAAAUUAUAUUAAUUCAGCACCUUCUCAUGUUCCAUUGGUCCCUUUUGUGAGACUGAAAAAUAUUGAUGAUGUUCCUCUUUACCAAUCUCAAGUAAACCUUGCGGUGGAAGCAGAAUCCAAAGAAAAUGAAUUCAAUAGCGUUGGAUCAAGCAUGUCACCAAACAGAGGUAUAAUUACGGUAAGGAAUGAAAAUAAUUUCUGUCAUAAAUCAUACAAGUGCAGCUUUUGCUCCGCAUGUUAUUCAUCUGAUUGUGAUUUAAAGCAACAUAUACAACAACACUUUCUUAAGAAACCGUUCAGGUGCAGUGAUUGCUCUGCUCCAUUUUCCCUUAAAAGCUUAUUGCAACUUCAUAUGCUAACGCACACGGGUAAGACGCCAUUCAGUUGCAGCCAUUGCACUGCUACUUUUACCUAUAAUUGCGAAUUAAAAAUACACUUACGAAAACACACUGGUGAGAAACCAUUCAGUUGCAGUCAUUGCCCUAUGUCUUUUACUCAGAAAUGUACUUUGAAUAAGCAUUUGCUAAUUCAUACCGGUGAGAAACCUUUCAAGUGCAGUCAUUGCGCUGAUUCAUUUGCCCGUAAACGUCUUUUAAAAGCUCAUUCGCUCAAGAAUCACAAUGGUGAAAAACCAUUUGGUUGCAAUCUUUGCUCUGCUACUUUUCUCUAUGAAUACGAAUUGAAAAAACAUUUCCGGAAACAUACCGGUGAGAAACCAUUCAAUUGUUGUCAUUGCCCUGAGUCUUUUACUGAAAAAAGGAGUUUAAAAAAGCAUUUGCUAAUUCAUACUGGUGAGAAACCUUUCAAAUGUAGUCAUUGCGCUGAUUCAUUUGCCAGUAAAUAUCUUUUAAGAACUCAUUUGCUGAAUCACACCGGUGAGAAACCAUUCAGUUGCAGUCUCUGCUCUUCCACUUUCUUUGAAAAAUCCCAUCUGAAAACACACAUGCGGUCUCAUUCUGGUGAGAGACCAUUCAGAUGCAGUCAUUGCCCAGCAUCCUUUGUUCUAUCGGGUGCUUUAAAAGUCCAUCUGCGAAUUCACACUGGUGAGAAACCAUUCAGUUGCAGUCAUUGUUCUGCCUGUUUUUCCCACAAAUCCGUACUGGUUAAUCAUUUGCGAAGACACACCGGUGAGAAACCAUUCAUUUGUAGCAAGUGCCCUCGCACUUUUAACCAAAGAACCAUUUUAAGGGUUCAUAUGCGGUCGCACACCGGUGAGAAACCAUACAAAUGUAGUCAUUGUCCCGCCUCAUAUUCUGUAAAAGCCAAUGUAUCACUUCACAUGCGAAUACACACCGGUGAGAAUGGGCCGUUCAGGUGCGAUCAUUGUUCUGCAUCUUUUUCACAGAAGAGACAUUUAAGCCGACACUUGCACUUACAUGCUGGCGGGGAACCAUUCAGCUGCGGUCAUUGCUCAGCCACCUUCACCAAAAAAACCAAAUUAAGGAAGCAUAUCCUGAAGCACUCUAUAUAAAAUCAUUCUGAUGCAAUCUUUGUUCUUCCUUUUCUUCAAAGAAGAACAAAUCAUUGAAGUACUUGCAAAAGCACUCUGGUUAGAAACCGUCCAUUUGGCCAGUAAUUUUGCCCAAAUGAGGAUCCUAAGAAAGUAUACAGGGUGAUCCAAAAGUCCUACACCAUGCUGCAAUAUUCAACAGGUUUCAAUAUAAAGAGAAUUCGAAUUAAAAAGAUUCCAUGUGGAGAAAUUUCGAAUUAGAGAGGUUCGAAUAUAGAGGAGCAAAUGGACGGAUUUACGCCAAAAGGAACCAAAAAUAUCAGUUUGUUUCCUUACAGAAGUAAAAAUUACACUAAGUUAUUAAUUAUUAAUUAUUUAUAUUUAAUUUUAAAAUUAUUAAUUAUUAUCAAUUAGGUACUCUAGUCACACAAGAGUAACCUAAAAUAGUAGAGUUGUAUUUUUGGAAGUAGUCAGUAAUUUUUGAUUGACUGAGAUUACUCCACCUUGCGCUGUCAACAUUGUUCUCCAAAGUUACCAGUGCAUCGAAAAAAUUAUCAUCGAGAUCCAGCCGUUCACCAUUACCGUUGUUUACUCGACCAUUACCAAUGGGCAUUUUGUCCUUGUUUUUCAACAUUGUGGACAGGGUCGAAGGCGGAAUAUCGCCUUGGAUAGAUUCGUUGCAACCCUUUUUUAACACAUUUAACGCUGUUAAGUCACUAAAUUCCUGGAUCAAGUCCGUUGAGGACUCGCCUUUUUCUAACACUAGAAGAUCAUUAAGGCUGCAAUUGCUGCAAAUGAGGUCUUCGAUUUUUGAAGCAAAGGUGUGGACGGAAGAUGACCCUUGGCUCAACGCCGCGAGUUCGUUCUGUACGGCUGCGAUGGUGGUUUUGGGGAUGAACCUGGUUUUAAGAUGUUUCUCAAAAUCAUCGAAGGUACCAAUGAUGGUAGAUAUGGCUAAUUUUGCCUUUCCCGUGAGCUUCACCUUUAAUAAAUAUUGUAGAAAAAGAUGUAUGGAAUCAGAUUUCAACAUACUCUGAUACAAGCGCGCACAGUCUAAGAAAUCUUUUAAUUGUUCUGCGUUUCCAAAGAAGUCCGCCACUGUUGAGUGGAUAAGUUCGGGUUUUGACAAAGGAGGUCAUUGAAAGUUGAGGAAACUAAAUAUUUAUUAAAAGACUGGGCGCUACAAACAAGAGCUACAUUGCGACUGGCGCGACGGACGAAGUCCGUGCAUAAAGAGAAGAGAAAAAUCUUAGUCAGCAGAAAAAUGAGCAUUACCUACAUCGGCUGCGCCGCACUCCAACACCCUCCCUUAAUGCGAAAUUUCUGGUUAGCAUGGGUACAUGAAAUUAAACUUAAACCUUAAAUACCCCUUAAUUGCUUAAACUUAUACCGCUAAAUAAAGAGUAGAAAAAUUAGACUUGGAUUAAGAGGAGCAUCCACCCAUGAGCUUGGUUUUGUGAUACGCAAAUUUGACCCUUUGUAGCGGUUUGGUCAGGAUGUCGGCUGUCUGUUCAUCUGUGCCGAUAAAUUUAAUAUUUAUCAAGUUUCGUUCGACUCUCUCUUUAAUGUAGUGAUAUUUAACAUCCAAAUGCUUGGUGCGCUUACUAUUUACCCCGUUUUGAAUCAGUUUUAUGGCACCUUGGUUAUCGAGAAGCAAAGAAAGUGUGCCUUCUUUUACAAACAUUUCGUUUUUAGUGUUAGAAUCGAAUAAUUCCGUAAUCAAAUUUCUCAUGUGUGCAAGCUCCUU